AUGCUAAUCUUCAACCAUUCCAGCUUUGUGACUUUCAAGCUGAUGGGCAUACCUGGCUUAGAGUCACAGCACCUGUGGCUAUCAGUUCCUUUCUCCUCCAUGUUUUUGGCUAUCCUCAUUGGCAAUGGUGCUAUCCUGUUCCUGGUGGUCACAGAGCCCACACUUCAUACCCCAAUGUACCUGCUCCUGGCUCUGCUGAUGGUGGCUGACCUCAUAUCCACUCUGGCUCUGAUGCCCAAGCUCCUGUGCCUUUUCUGGUUCAAUGAUCGAGACAUAGCUGCCAAAGCCUGUUUCACUCAGAUGUUUUUCAUCCAUGGAGCAUCUGUGGUACGAUCAGCUCUACUUGUUGCGAUGGCCUUCGACCGCUUUGUGGCUGUGUGUGAGCCAUUACGCUACAACACAAUUCUGAGCUUUUCUCUAAUUGGACGCUUGGGACUGAUGGCUCUCACCAAGGCUGUGAUUCUUAUCCUGCCCAUACCUCUUUUGCUUCAACAGUUGACUUUCUGCAGCAUGGUCAUUCCUCACACGUACUGUGACCACAUGGCUGUGGUGAAAAUGGCCUGUAGCCACACCAGACCCAAUCGUAUGUAUGGACUCUUUGUGAUCUUGCUUGUGGUAGGACUUGAUCUACUGCUCAUUGGUUUCUCUUAUGCCCUCAUCCUUCAGGCUGUGAUACGCCUUAAGUCCAGAGAUGCCACCUUCAAGGCCCUCAACACCUGCUCAGCCCACCUCUUUGUCAUCCUCAUCACAUAUGUGCCUGCUCUCUUUUCUUCCAUUGCACACCGCACUGGUCGCAACAUUCCACCUCACACCCAUAUUCUCCUCGCCAACCUCUACCUUCUCUUACCCUCAGUGUUCAAUCCUGUCAUCUAUGGUAUAAAGAUGAAGGAAAUACGAGGCAAGGUGGCCAAAUGCCUGUGCAGAGGAAGUGUGUAG